CGGGGGCUGCGGCACCGCGGGCCAGCGUUGGGCCGGGCGGGGAGCGGCCGCCCCCAGGGCACCGAACGGAUCCGGCCCCUCGCGUGACCUUGGCGAGACGGGACACUGCCCCGCAGCCCGUGGGGCAGCUUUGGGAUGUGCCGCGGGUUAUGGCAAGAAAUUAACGGGCUUUCAGCGCAGAGGGCUGGUCCAGAGUUGAGCGGUGCCUGGCGGGGUGUUAAAAUCACCGAAUUAGUUAGGUUGAAAAGAACCUCCGAGAUGAUCGAGUCCAGCCAGUGACCGAACACCUCUGUGUCAACUGGACCAGGGCACCGAGUGCCACAUCCAGGCUUUCCUUAAACACCUCUGGGGACAGCGACGCCACCACCUCCCCAGGCAGCCCAUCCCAACAUUUGAUUUCGCUUUCUGUGAAGCAAUUCCCCCUGAUGUCCAACCAAAUCUCCCCUGGCACAGCUUGAGUUCAUUUCCUCUCAUGCUGUCUUUAGUUGCUUGGGAGAAGACAAUGACCCCUGCCUGGCUACACCCUCCUUUCAGCGAGUUGAGAGUGACAAGGUGACACCUGAGCCUCGUUUUUCCAGGCUAAACACCCUCAUCCUCGUAAGACUUGUGCCCCAGACCCUUCCCCCAGCUCCAUUGCCCUCCUCUGGACACACUCCAGCACCUCAGUGUCCUUCCUGAAAUGAGGGUCCCAGAACUGGACAUGGGUCUCAAACCAUUAGCUCCCACUGAAUCCCCAGAUCCGAUUUUUGGGACAAGUAAACCUGCUCCAGGUUUACCAGCAACUGAUCCUUUGUUGAAUCCAAACAAGGUGCCAGACCUACAGAAAAUUUUUCAGAGAUCAGACGGGCUGCCAGUACACCUGAAGCUUGGAUAUCCAGAUAGGAUGCUCUAUCGGACCACAAUGGCUCUGACAAUAGGAGGGACUAUCUACUGUCUGAUAGCACUAUACAUUGCCUCACAGCCAAAAAACCAAAAUAAAUGAACCACACCUCAUGGGACUCUCAGCUCUCCUCUGAAGGAUAUCUUGCAUGUACCACUUUGCACUUGAAUCUGUUCCCUGUGGUCACACAGGGUUCAUUAUUCAGAUUGGAUUUCUUGGAGAAAAUGUUUUUAAAUCGGUUGCCUUAUGUAUUCUAAAACACCAAUAUAAACAGAGAAAUACAUUAUUUUAACAUA